CCGGUGGAUAAAGACAAAAACAGAGAAACAGCCCAGCGGUGAGAAGAGGACGGCCCGACGACGAGGGGAGGGCAGUGUUGUUUCAUAGAGGUGGUCAGCUAUUGUGAACACAGAGUUAGAGCGAAGGCACCUGCAGCAGACAGACAGACAGACAAACACUGAGCCAUGGUGAAGAUCAGUUUCCAGUCUGUCGCGGGACAGAAAGUGGAGAAGGAGAAUGAUGGCGACAAGACCGAAAUUCUCAUUCCUCAUCCGAUGGAUGAGGAGGAGCUGGUCCUGCCUCUGCGGCCCAAAAAGUCUCCCCUCAAUGGGCUGUGCUGCCUGACAUUUGGCCUGGUUGUAUUCAUGGCCGGUCUGGUCCUGGCCUCCAUUUAUGUCUACCGCUACUACUUCAUACCUCAUAUCCCAGAGGACAACAUGUUCCACUGCAGGGUGGUUUAUGAAGACUCUGUGUAUGCCCCACUGCGUGGGCGUCAGGAGCUGGAGGAAAAUGUCGGCAUCUACUUGGCCGACAACUAUGAGAAGAUCACGGUCCCCGUGCCUCACUUUGGAGGCAGUGACCCCGCUGAUAUAAUCCAUGAUUUCCACAGAGGACUGACUGCCUACCAUGACAUUGCUCUGGACAAGUGCUACGUUAUUGAGCUCAACACCACCAUCGUGAUGCCUCCACGCAACCUUUGGGAGCUUCUAAUCAAUGUGAAGAAGGGAACAUACUUGCCUCAGACCUACAUCAUCCAUGAAGAGAUGGUGGUGACUGGCAAAGUGCACAACAUGCGUCAGCUGGGACCCUUCAUCUACCGCCUGUGUAAUGGAAAGGACACGUACCGCCUGAACCGCCGUGUCACCCGCAGACGCAUCAACAAGCGCGAGGCGAAGGACUGCCACCAUAUCCGUCACUUUGAGAAUACAUUUGUGGUGGAGACGGUUAUCUGCGACGAAGCGUGAACACGACGGUCAUCCUUGUCACCCCACCCACCCAAAGGCACAUCUCCCUACCCCAGCCACUGUAGCAUCCUCCUGUGGACCUGAUCAUGUCUGAGUUGCACUUUACGUGUGAUUUUGGUUUGAUGUCCUUUGUAAAAGACGUUCUUUUUAUUUCACAACCUGUCUGUUUUUCUAUUUCCAAUGUGUGAUGCAAUACAAGCUGUUGGUUCUAUCACAGGAUUUUCCUUGUAGCAAUGUCCUUUAGCCAAUAAUGAAUUAUAAUUUAAAGACCUCUCCUCUUCCUCUGGGGAUUUGUAUGAUGGUUACUGUCGUUGGGGGAGGUGACUGUCUCCAUGUGUUGUCAAGGUCACUGUACUUUUGUUUUUUCUCCUGCCCUGGGGGUUACUUUGUGUCUCCUAGUUCUACUAACAGGCAUCUGUGCAAAGCAUGAAGCCUUGCUUUCCAGAGCAAACAUUAUCCAUAGAUUGAAAUUAUUACGUUGUUUUCUCAUGUUCUCUGUAAUGUAAACAUAUAACUGCUAAUGACUAGUUGCUUGCUUGCGUCUUUAUCUUCUUGCCUGACUGUUGCUUCAUUGCUCCCCUUUCUGCUUUUCAUUUUCUUCUUAAAAAGCAUAGUCACAGUAGAAGUUAGAGAAAGUCGCAUUGGGCAUUAGACUGCAUUCACUUUUUUGUGCAAUACUCCAUCGUAACUGAAACCAUUUUUGAUGCUCCCAUUUGUCAUCAGCUUCUUUUUUUAUUGCCAUAGGAGUUUUUUUUUUUUUUUUUUGCACUUUUUGCUCUUCAUCAAUGCCUUUGUGAAUCCUUUUUGAAAUGUCUUUGUUUCCCCUUGCAUGUGUAAUCUAUAAGAGAAAAGCAGCACUGUUAGAAUGUUUUGUAAAACAAUGUUUAAAGCCUUAGUUCAGAGUCAGAGACUGGACUAAAGUCAAUACUACUGAAAGGGAGCAUAUUAAUAUGGUAUGUUAGUUAAACAAAACCAACUUUGAUCUGUAUAUUUUGUCUGCUGAUGAACUCUGUCUGUGAAUAAAGUA